AAAAACCCAAACUCUUUAAUUUAAAAAAAAAAUUAAAAAAAUAAAGCAUUACUCUCGGCUUCUCGCUAAAUAGUUGUUUAGAUAAGACUAGAAAGCACUUUGAAAAAAAAACAAAAACAGAUAGCUUCAGAUUCAAGUACCUAAUCCUCAUUAUUCGAUUAUGUCCUUGUUUCUCAAUUUCAUUAACUCAAAUUUACAGUAAUGUCUUGGCUAUUCAAAUCGUUCCAAUCCGACGGUCCAGAUUCGUCGGAGCAGGAUCACGAUGAUCACAGCCCAUCCACCACUCCACGUGGCGUUAAAGACGAUCUCUCCGCCCUCGGCCAAACCCUCGGCCGCCAGUUCCGCGGCGUCGCCAACUUCCUGGCCCCACCGCCACCACCUUCUUCAAUCGCAGCCGUUGAUCCCUCAUCAUCAUCAUCAUCAUCAUCAGAAUCACAGUCGCAAUCUCAAGCUCUCGUUGGAAUUCGCAACGAUCUUGUUGAAAUCGGUGGGAGCUUGAAGAGUAGGUUGUCCCUUCUGUCCAGUGCCAAAGCCGUGAGUGAGAUCUCGAAGCUCGCUACCAACUUGUUACUGCUCGAAAACAACGAGGAGGAGGAGGAAGAGGAAGAAGAAGAAGAAGCUUUUCGACAAGACGAGGACGACGAUGAUGUUCCUGGAGUCACCGAUGAUGUUCUCGAUUUCGUUUCGGAGAUUUCCACGCGACCCGAGCUCUGGACCGAUUUUCCUUUACCACUCGAUAAUAAUGAUUUCAAUAUGUCUGAUGUUCAGAAAGAACAUGCUUCAACUGUUGAACGUUUGGCCCCAAGUUUGGCGGCUCUCAGACUUAAACUUCAAAGUUAUAUGAGUGAAGAACAGUUUUGGAUAAUUUAUUUUAUAUUGUUGCUGCCAAGAUUAAGUGAACAUGAUUUUGAGCUUCUAUCUACGUCUAAGAUUCUUGAAGCGAGGGAUGUACUUCUGCAAAAGCUGCAAAAGAAUGCACAGUUGGAGAAUGAUAACAGUAAGACUCUUGAUAGAUCUCAAGAUAGUAGCAAGGCAAGCAAGCCACAAGGGGAAAAUAUGCAAUCUGAUUUAAAAGUUGAUUCAACUGAUAUCAGAAGAGCAGAAGUUGCAAUGGAUGAUGAAGGGGAUACUGAAAAGUGGUUGGAAGAGGAAGAUAUUGAAACAGGGACUUCUGUGCGUGCUCAAAACAAAGUUGAACAUGAGGAGGACGUAUCGUUCAGUGAUCUGGAGGAUGAUGAUAAUGAUCUUUCUAAUAGACUCUCAUGCCUUAGUCUAAAGCAGCAAAAGGAAGGCCAUUCAAAUGGAUGCAAUGACUGGGUUCAACUCAAUCGAAGUCCCGAGACUCAGUGUGGCCAUGGACAGCAAAAGGAAGGGCAGUCAAAUAUUCGAGAUAAAGAUUCAGAAGGUGAGGAUUCAAAUGACUGGCUUACUGUUGAUGAUUUUGACUAAAGUUUGGCAGUUUGUUUUGUCCUUGAUUUAUUGUAAAGUUUCUACCAUUUUUUUUUUCGAUCCCUGGGGGUUCUGUGCCUAAGAAUUAUUUAUUGUUUAUAUUAAUAAGUCAGUCUUCAUAUAGAGAAUUAUCCAUUGUUAAAUAGCCAGAUUUAGGUUGUAUAGAAAUUGGGACAUUUAAGUUCACUCUAUUAUGUGGCUGUGCUCUUCCUGUCUCCGCCACGACAGUCAUCAUCAAUGGCACAGGCAGAUUUUUUGAGGAA